GAAACUGUAUCAACUAAAAUGGCGGACUCAGAGGACGAGUUAGCCAAAACAGACGAUGAAAAUCUAUCACCAGAUGCAGAAAAUAACAAGAAUGCAGAGAGCCCAGGACAGAAACCACAAUUGCCAAAGAAGGCACAUUCUAGAGGGAAGUCAAACAGACCAGCAGUUCAGGUAGAUUUGUCUAAAGUGAAAAGAAGGCCAUCGCCCCACAAGCCAAGUCUCCCCACGCCCCUCACAGAAUACGGGUUGGAUGAAAGAAAACAGGCACGAGCUAAGGCGCGAGCUGCAAGGGAACAAAAGGAAAAGAAGAGGAAGAGAUCAACCACAUUUUACAGUGAUGAUGAGAAGGAUAGAGAGAAGGAAAAACUGAAGGAGGAGAAGCACAUGCAGGUGCUGGAGGACUUGAAGAAGCUGAGGAACUACUACUACCAGGAGUACAGGGACAAGCUGGACACCAAGGUCACACAGCAACGGAAAGACAUCCGUCUGAAGAACGAGGCUCAGCUGAAGAAACAGCAGUUAAAGGAGGACAAGGAGCGAGAAGCAAAUCAUCAUGUGAAAAAACGUCACGAGCAUCACAAACUGCAGCAUGAUGACAGUUACAUGAAGAAUAUUCCCAAGUCAGAUGUCUAUCUUAUCCUCGGCCUGCAGGAGAAGAUGCUGAAGGAGGGGAAGCUACGAGGUCAGGACGACCUGGACAGGUUCUGGCUGGAGAUGAGGAAACCACAAGUCUUCUUCUCUCACUUCCCAGACGGUCUUGCUGCCACCUCCAGCUUCCACCAGAACAUUGUGACGUCUGCCACGCAGUCCCCAGCGAGGGAACACACUCGCUCUCUCAGUCAGAUUGCGGAGUCGAAGGAAUCGUCGCGACCCACCACUCACGACACCUGGGCCGUCACACAGAGAUAUAGCCACAUACACCAGGCUAUUGAGUCUCCAUCACUCAGCCCUUCCAGACAAGCAGCCAUCGACCUGGAGAAGAGGUUUCCCAAGCUGGAGAUGCCGCCCCUCCACUGCUUCACCAUGGACCUGGGAAAGAAGCCACCAGACCCCGAAGAGAUACAACUGAAGAUAGACUUGAAGGCAAAGGAAAAACAGAGACGCAAGUUCUUGAAGAAGUUACACAAGAUGCACCAGCUUGCCAUGGCCAACAGUGCUGCAGCAACCAGAAUCUUAGACAAGCACUCAGACCUUGCUUUCUUGUUGGAUGGACCUGAUUUAACAGAUCUUAUAUCAGAUUAUUACUGGGAGACUCAUGAAGCUGCCCCGUCCCUACCCCCUGCCAGCCAGCGCCUCCCACCUAUCUCUGGUCGUGAAUCAGAGAGGGAGGGUGUGCCGACAAUGACCAAGGUGGCCAUGAUGGCCGAGCACAGCACACAUAGCAGAGGGAGUUCUGUUUCAACAACACCCAGACAAGAGAAGAAAGCGGAGCAUCAGCUUGUUGUGUAUGAACCACCAAAACCUCUCCCACUUACUAUGGAAGAAGUCCGUGAUAAAAGCAGGAUUGUUGAGGCGAAGGCUCUCAGUUCACUCUGGCCAAACUAUAUGCAUGCUGGCAGAAAUGUCUUCCUCACAUCAUCCUCAUGAGUCAGGGACUUAUUAAGGGAGGAAAUUUGUGUCAAACAAUUCAUGGAGUCUCUACCAUGAUAUAUUUGAAGGCAUUUGUAGUGUUGGAUUGACACAGUUGGAACAAUCAGUAAUGUUGCAUCAACACCGUUUAAACAAUCAGUAUUGUUGGACUGACACAGUUGGAACAAUGAGUAUUGUUGGAUUCACACCGCUGGAACAAUCAGUUUUGUUGAAUCAACACUGUUGGAACAAUCUGUCUCUCAAGUCAUUUUGUGUUUGCAGGAUGACUUGUCUAAUCAAAGGAUAGCUAGUCCUGUCAGCAUUUUUUUUUUUAAACAUGUCUGUUUGAUGAUUUCAGGGAUUUUGUGUAAGU